AGACCCAAGCGGUCCGACGACAAGACUCGUUUUUUGAAAAAGCCGAAUUUUACUUCGCGUACCGGAAAACUGGUCGAUGUGUUGUACGGGCGCCGUCACUGCAACCCCAGAGACGACAUAACUCUGCUGUGCACUUACUUCGAAGCAAAUAAAAGGCACGAAAGACUUCCAAAGGGGUCGAAAUCAUUUGUAAAAAAUGAAACCUCUAAUGUUAACUUCUAUUCAGAUAAACGCAAACGUCGUACUACUAAUAUUGAAAACGAACCAAGCUACAUGUUACAACAGUACGAUAAACCCUCGGCAAAAAUUAAUGCUGUUCUUAAAGAUCUAGGUUUUGUGUGUAAUAGUGAUAAAAUGUAUACAUUUUAUCCAUCACAGAUAUACUAUUAUAAAGACUCUCAAAAGCAUAUUACCAGAUAUGGUCAGAAAAGUUAUAUUGCACCAAAACCAAAAAAUUCAAUAGGUAGUUCUGAUGGAUAUAAUCAAAACGGAAGACAUCAAAAACCAAUUCGCUCUAAAACAUACCUGGAAAAUAAUCAUUACAACAAAAACUACAAAAUUGAAAAUCAUCAUCAAAAUUCAAAAAUUAAAAAGACUUACUCAAAUCAAUUGAAUUGCCAAAAAAACCCCAAUAAUCUUCAUCAAGAUAAACAGUUGCCUGUUAAAUACUGGUCAAUGAGGCACUUGUUAUUUACAAAUUUUGAUCGCGGUAUUCUUUUGGACACAGAGAGCUUCUAUUCGGUCUGUCCGGAGGUAUUAAGUUAUCAUAUAGCAAAGCGUUGUAAAAAUAACAUAGUGUUGGAUCCUUUUUGUGGAGCUGGUGGUAAUAUUAUACAGCUAGCAAAAACAUGCAAACGAGUUAUAGGAUGUGAUAUUGAUCCAGAUAAGAUAAGAUUAGCACGGCAUAAUGCUGAGAUAUAUGGUGUUGCUCAUAAAAUUGAUUUUGUAGUUGGUGACUUUUUUCAAAUUUACCCAAAGUUAAAAGCAGAUGUAGUAUUUAUGUCACCACCAUGGGGAGGACCAGGAUAUUCAAUUGAUAAAAGCUACAGUUUAACGUCUAUGUGUGAAAAUUAUUUCGGGGGAGGUUUUGGUAUUUUUGAUAUUGUUAAAACUAUUGCGCCUAAUAUUGCAUUUCAUAUGCCGAAAACCACAAAUUUAUUAGAAUGUAUGUGGUUGGCAAAUGAUUUUGGUAAAGUGGAAAUUCAGCAGAAUAUUAUUAAUGGAAGACUGAAUUCAAUCACAGCAUUCUAUGGAGACUUUCACUAAAGUAUCUAUGGAGACUUUCACUCAAGUAACUGACAGUUGUCAGCGACUUUUGAAAAUAUUCUUUGCAGUUUUUGAUUAAUUAUGUUUGAUGAUUAGAAUAAAGUUAUUUCCAAAUUAUUUCAUUA